AUGGAACUUAGUCAUCCUUCGUCUUCUGGUAUGACAAUGCUGAAGCCUGCAUCAAUAAAAUCAGCAGAAAAAUCGACUGAAAAAUCAGCUAGUAAUGAGCAGUCGGCAACGAUACGACGUCGAAGUCCGCAGGAUGCAUCUUCAUUUCAUAACUGUAAUUUUCGUGUCCUCUCACAAUUCGUUUCAAUAACGGAUAUAGAUUUUAAGGAAAAAUCAUUUUCCAUUUUCACUGAACUUUCUUUGGCUCCUUUACAUCCUGAAUUACGGCAGAUUUACCUCAAUGUUGGUCCAGAUAUUUUAUUGCCUUGUGAAUUUCCUGAUGGUAUCACUGGCCGCGUCACUGUAAAUGAUGAAGAUGCAGAGUACAUCCGGAAAGAUCCUCUCAGAAUAUUAAGUCAUAUAUCAGAGCAGAGUUUAAAUCGGCUCUCACACGUUAUGUACGAUGAGUUGGAGGACUGUGAAGGAGAGCUCAUGAUUAACGUUCCGGAAAGCUGUUAUGAUUCAAUGGAUGAACAAAGAGUUAUUAAAAUUGGAAUUGAUGUCAAAGUUAUAAAGCCAAAGCAUGGAAUUCAUUUUUCAUGUUCUGAUAUUAAUGAUUUACAAGAAGGAGCACAUAUGUACACAUAUAGAUCCAGUACAUUAUCUAGUACACGUCACUGGUUACCUUGUAUGGAUACACUCGACCAGUUAUGUUUGUGGCGAAUCGAAGCCACUGUCAAUAAUAUUUUUACAGUUGUUGCUAGUGGUGAAUUGUUUGAUACAGAAUACACAGUUGAUUUGCAAGAAAAAAUUUACCAUUACCAACUUUUAGUGCCAACAUCUGCUGUAAAUAUCGGUUUUGCAAUUGGGUCUUUUACCCCAGUUGUUCAUCCUGAUAUGUCCGAGAUAACAAGUUUCGCACUUCCAUCGCUUCAUCCUCUCGUAAGACAUACUGCUGCAACAAUUGAUCGAGUUUUCGAAUAUUUCGAAGAACUUCUGUCUUGUCGAUUUCCGUAUUCGUCAUAUAAACAAGUUUUUGUCUACCAGACUCCAGAUGAAAUUACUGCGUAUACUGGUCUAUCAAUAAUAUCACUUACUUUAUUGUACCAUAAGAAAAUUUUGGACGUUGUGCAAAUGACACGUCAAUUCCUUGCCUUUGCUGUAGCGCAGCAGUUUUUUGGAUGUUUUGUGACUUCUACAUGUUGGUUAGAUAUAUGGCUGGUGUCUUCGCUUGCAAGAUCUGUUACUGGAAUGUUUGUAGAACGAUUUUUUGGAUCUGCUGAAUAUCUUUUUCAAAUCAGUAAGAUACUCAGUUCUGUUUGUGAUUACGAGACACGUUGGGGAAAGAUUAUUUUGAGGCCGUCAAGUACUGACUAUCAGCCACAUCUGCAUUUUGAUCCGAGAAAUCCGUACACAUGUUCUCCUUUAUAUGCAGAUGCUUUGUUCAAAAAAGGUCAUCUGGUUAUGCGCAUGCUUAGCCAGCGUUUGGGCAAAGAGCUGUUUUUGCAGGUGAUUCAGAAAAUACUCAGCGUUGCAAUGCAAGCCAGUCAGCUGCAAAAAGAUCCUUCCAGUUGGCAGCAUAUGGCUGUUUCAACGGAAUCUUUUUUUCGAACUGUUUCCAGUGUCACUGGUCAAGAAUUACCAACAUUUUUGGAGCAAUGGAUACAUAGUGGUGGGCACGCAAAAUUCUGGGUGCGGUAUUCUUUCAAUCGUAAACGAAAUAUGAUUGAAUUGGAAGUGAAGCAAGAAUCAUCUGCAACUCGUGGAAGGCAAAGUUAUGUUGGUCCAUUAACUGUAGUGGGACGAAGACAGAAGAAGAAAAAAGUUCCACUUUCUACGGGUGAAGAACUUGAAAUUGAUUUAGCAAAUAUGGAUCCCGAUUCUCCUGUUUUGUGGAUCAGGAUUGAUCCGGAUUUACUUUUAUUACGCAAGGUAAAUCUGCAACAACCCGUUUAUCAGUGGGAAUACAUGUUGAAACAUGAAAGAGAUGUGUUAGCUCAGCUUCAAGCUCUUCAUGUUUUGCAACGGUUUCCUAGCCCACAUACUAGAGCUGUCCUUAUUGAAACCAUCGAAAAUGAGGUUUUUUUCUAUCGAGUAAGAUGCUAUGCAGCUUAUAUUUUGGCAGAAGUUGUGAAUAAGUUGCCGGAAACUUGGCUUGGUCCACCAGCUCUAAUGAUUUUAUUUAAAAAAAUUUUUGGCUGUAAAUCUGCGCCUCAUAUUCCGAGACCAAACAAUUUCGUUGCCACUUCAACCAAUUUGCAGCUAUAUUUUUUAAUGCAUGCAAUACCUCAAGCCCUUGCUCGGUUACGUUCUCCUUCAAAUAACUCGCUGUUAGAUGUUCAUAAUUUCCUUCUCGGACUUAUCAGAUAUAAUGAUAAUUCGGUGAAUAGGUAUUCUGAUGACCACUAUCGAGCCUCACUUAUAAAUGCUUUAGCUGCUACAUUAGUUCAAGCUGAAACUAGAGAUAAUACAAAUAUGAGUCCUUUAUCACUAAAUAAGGAAAUGAGGGAAUUACUAUCAGAAUUCACUCUUGCCUUAAACAUGGACACGCUAAAACCUAGUUUUGGACGUGUAAUAGGUAUUACUGCACUUCAAGCAAUAUAUCAUAUGCAGCGAACCUUCCACAUUCCGCUCGAUCCUAAAAUAUUUUGGGCCUUUUCUCAGCCGAACAUAUAUGUUCCGAUGCGUCAUGCAGCAUUUACUUUUCUUGUUGAUAUGGUUUAUCGGUUCAAAACGCCUCCUUUUAUUGGUGAAAACAUCAAUAGGUUAAUUGAUACUUGUUUGAAUGAUCAAGAAGCCAGUGUACGAUAUUAUAUUGCCUCUCAGUUACUGCUAAAACCUCCUCUGUGUAUCACUUUGGGCACUGAAGAAGAUGGAUUGUGGAAGGAUUUAGUGACUGGCAUAGCAAAUAAAUUGUGGACUCAAAUUAGUGAUGCUACCACGGAACCACGUCUAAGAGGGCUUCUGAUUGACUUUUGGUUCACGACAUUUGGAAAUGAUGUACCAGCGGUACUGAAACCGAAGCCAGCAGAUAAUGUUGUGGAGAUAAAAUCAGGAUCACGAAAUGUACAGAUUGCAAAUAUUCGGAACGGUACUGAUGAUUUGCUCAAUUCGUGGUGGUGGCAUGGCACAAUCAUCGAAGCGGAAGAUCCUGAUACAUCAGUUCAAAAUUUAGCCCAUGAAAUGAAUGAAGACAUGCUUCAAUAA